AUGGUCGAUAGAAAACUCACCGGGGGCUCUGGGGCUGCCGCUGUCUCUGCUGCCGCCUGCCUGGUGCUGGUUCCGGUGGAGUCGUGGAUGGGAAUUCUGGACAAGAAGAGCAGCAGACCAAGAGAAGAUGGGUCUAAUUCAGCUCUUGAAACCAAGAAAAGACUGGAAUUUGCCACAGUCGCCGUGGUUCUAAAACUAACCAGGGGCUCUGGGGCUGCCACUGUCUCUGCUGCCGCCUGCCUGGUGCUGGUUCCGGUGGAGUCGUGGACAGUGGUUGUCGGUGGAUGCACAAAUCGCCCAUCCUGUCGCUUGGAGAAUUUUUCAACUGUUCUUCUGUUCUAUGACUUUUUUGGUUGUGGUGUGGAAGAGACAAAGAUGACUGCCCUUGAUCUGACUGUUAUGGAAAUGGAAAUCGAGUACUGGGCUAUCAAGGAGUCUAGUAGCACUGAAUUUGCAAGCUGCAACAGUUUUCAUUUGCUUGAAGUUUCAGAUGGGGCUGGGGCUGGGGCUGGGGCUGGGGCUGCUGGGGAAGGUGUGUCAGCUGUCUUCCAAAGGAAGGAAAGCCUUAAGAAGCAAAAGACUUUGUCACUUGAACUUAGUGAUGUCAAUGAUGGUUUAGGGACCUUGACAAACUUUACUUUCAAUGAGAAGAAAGUUAGAGAACUUGCUGCCCAUAUGGUACUUCUACAUGAAUAUCUGUUUCAUAUGAUGGAUCAUGAACUUUUUAACAAGUUCAUGAGGGCUUGCACACCAUACUGGAAAAAAAUUAGUCGUGCCACUAUAAAAAGUGAUUGCAUUGCCACUUAUAACAUUGAAAAGAAAAAGUUGAAAACACUUCUAAGUGGGAUUGAUAGGGUAAACAUAACUAUUGAUAUGUGGACCUCCUCCCAAAGGGUUUCAUAUAUGGUGGUUACUUGCCAUUUUGUGGAUUCUAAUUGGCUACUCCAAAAGAGGAUUUUAAAUUUUUGUAAUGUACCUCCUCCACAUUCGGGUGUUGUUAUUGUUGAAGCUUUAAGAAACAGUUUUAUUGAAUGGGGCAUUUUGGAUAAAGUAUUUACAAUAAUUGUUGAUAAUGCAAGUGCUAAUGCUGCUGCCAUUGACAUUUUGAGAGAUGAUAGUGAGUUGAGGGGUAAUUUGCCUAUUGGGGGGCUUAUGUUUCAUGUUAGGUGCUAUGCUCAUAUUACCAAUUUGUUGGUGCAAGCAAGGUUUUCAAAAAUAGGGGACAUAAUAGAUUCUGUUAGGCAGGGGAUUAAGUAUAUAGUGGCUUCUGAGAGGCGGUUGAAUAUAUUUAGUGAUAUAGCAAAGCGGUUGGACUUGGGUUGUAAUAAACUUAUUUUAGAUGUUCCUACCCGAUGGAAUAACACCUACUUGAUGUUGAAGUUUGCAAUUAGACUCAAGGAAGUGUUUCCUGGAUACCAUAGAGUAGAGCAUGCUUUUCUGUGGAUAGUAAGUCCUGAACAGUGGGAUAAGGUUGAGAAUGUGAACCAAGUUUUAGUUGUUUCCAAUGAUGUGACCAAUGUUGUCUCUGGUAGUGACUACCCUACAUCCAAUUUGUUUCUACCCGAGGUGUGGAGUAUGAAAGAAAUUGUGGAUAUUAAGGCUGCGGAUGUGAAUGACUAUAUAAGAUUAAUAGCAGCUAAGAUGAGUGAUAAAUUUGAUAAGUAUUGGGGUGAAUCUAAUAUGGUGAUGGCCUUAGCUGCUGUGUUGGAUCCUAGAUACAAAAUGAAGUUGAUUAGGUUCUGUUUUCCUAUCAUUUAUCCACUUGAUGUUUGUGGUGAUAACAUAAAGGCUGUGCUGAAUACUUUGAAAGAGUUGUUUGAGGUUUAUGUUGCUGCCCAUAAUGCAUCUAUCAUUCAACAACAAGCAGCUGCUGAAGUCAGUGCUGCUACUACUACAGUUGCCUCUGUUACAGAGGUAGUUCUGGUGGUAGAUCACGGUUUAGACAACAUUGAGAAUGGUGAAGAUAGUGAUGCAAACUUUGACGCUUUGGGAUGGUGGGAAUCCAAUGCCUUAAAGUACCGCAUCUUAUCUAAGAUGGCACGGGAUGUAUUGGUUGUUCCAAUCAGUACAGUUGCUUCAGAAUCAUCUUUCAGUGCGGGUGGUAGAGUUAUUGAACCUCAUAGAGCAUCAUUAUCAAUUGAUAUUGUUCAGAUGCUCCUAUGUGAUUCAUGGCAUUAA